UUUUGUCAGAAAGCAUGACGUCACUUCAUGUCACCGAAUGGGAUUUGCUAUGCUAGCUGCUUAGCUAGCCAUGUCUCUAUAGUCGUUGUGUAAGAUAAAAUAAUUAGCAUUAAAAACCCUGAAUCGUCGAACUACAACAGUUAUCUGUUACAUAAACUUUUUCCAUCUUCUCACCUUUUAAAAGAAAUUUUGGAGGUCAUGGAGGAAUCAGGAGUCAUAGAGGUGACCGUAAAAACUCUGGACUCCCAGAGCAGGACGUUCACCGUCAGAGGAGAGUGGACAGUGAAGCAGUUUAAGGAGCACAUCGCUGCUUCUGUUGAAAUCUCUGUGGAUAAGCAGAGGUUGAUUUACCAGGGUAAAGUGCUACAGGAUGAAAGGACACUUACAGAAUACAAUGUUGAUGGGAAGGUCAUUCAUCUUGUGGAGCGGCCGCCUCCUCAGAGCAGUCAGCCUGGAGGUGGAGGAGGUGGAGUUUCUGGCUCCUCAGGUGCGGCAGAUGGAGGAUCUUCUUCCUCUCAGUCAUCAGCUUAUACAACUUCACACGACCGUAAUGCCAACAACUACGUCAUGCUGGGGACUUUUAACCUGCCGGUGAACAUCAUGGACCCACAGCAAAUACAGAUGUCAGUGCAGCAGAUGCUGGCUGGUGUUGGAGAAAUGGGGCGUAAUGUCAGAGUGAGCACCAGCACAGGAAGCAGUGGCUCCGUGGACGUUCAUAUCAAUGUGGACCAAUCAGUGCAGAGCGAGCCCAGGAUGAGACUCCAUCUGGCUGAAAACUUGCUGCGGGAGACUCAGGCUUUAAUCCACAGGCUUGAGGGUCAAUCAAGUGAACCGUCUCAGCAGGAGACUCCACCUCCUCAGCCAUCUUCAUCAUCAUUCUCAGCACAUCCAAUGGACAGCUCCCCACCUCCACCAUCCGUCUCAUCCUCUGCUUCCCAGACCGAAGGAGAAACUCAGUCUGGACCAAAUCACCCAAGCCCUUUAGAGUUGGUAGAGGUUCUAUCAGAGGUACGAAGGGUGGAGGAGCGUCUCCGUCCUUUCAUGGAGAGAACACAUUCAAUCCUCGGAGCGGCCACUUCUGCUGACUACAAUAACAAUACUCAAGAACGGGAGGAAGAUCAGCGCACUCUCAACUUGAUUGGAGAGUCCCUCCAUCUCCUUGGCAAUACAUUGGUGGCUCUGAGUGACCUUCGAUGUAAUUUAUCUGCUCAGCCUCCCCGGCACUUACAUGUGGUGCGGCCGAUGUCUCACUAUACCUCCCCUGUAAUGAUGCAGAGUGGACUGCCCCAUAUACCCAUUCCAAUGAACCUGGGCUCCACUGUGACCAUGACGUCAAACAGCAGACAGACAAGCGAUGGUCAGCCCCAACCUCCACAUUCCAGCAACCAAUCAGAUCAGCAGGGUCAGGCUCCUCCUACUCCAGCAAAUGAAUCCAAUCAACAGACAGGACAUGGACAGGGGACUCCAAGAGUGAUCAGGAUCACUCAUCAGACCAUGGAGCCAGUGGUCAUGAUGCAGAUGAACCUGGACGCAGAUUCAGACAGUGGAGCGCAGGGCCAAAGUCAACAGAACCCCAGUGCUGCUGGAGAGACUGGCACCACAGUGCCCCUCCAUGUACCAGGUCUGCCACCGGAGUUCAUGCAGGCCAUCAUGCAUCAGAUCUCCCAACAGGCUGUCACCAUGGCAACUGCAGCCUCUGCCGGACACCAGGGGCAACAGCAGGGCACUGCUGGCGCAGGUGCUCAGAAUGGAGAGAGCCCAGUCCCUCCACCACCUCAGGCCAGGGUGGUCAUAACAAGGCCCACCCUAUCCCCUCGUGUCCCCCAACCCAUGGGCACCAGAGGAACCACCAUCAACCUGCGUGCGGCAGUGCCCCCCCCAUCAGGGCAACAGACUAACCAAGGCAGUCCUAUGACAUCCUCUCCUCUCACACAGAUGGUCAGUGGCUUGGUUGGGCAGCUUUUGCUGCCAUUGCACACAGGGGACCAGACAUCCACUACCUCAUCGUCCCAUUCCUUUUCUUUCUCUACCUCCUCAUCCACAUCUUCUUCCUCCUCUUUUUCUUCCGCCUCUCCUCCUCUAUCCUCUGCCAACACAUCCGGUCAGACAUCCACACACACCACCAGCACAGCGUCUGUAGGUCAGGCCCAGGAGAGCGGCCCAGGAGACAAUCUAGCCCAGCUGCUGGGCUCACUUCUGGGAGGAGCUGCAGGAGCUGGCGGAGGAGUGUCUGGAGCCACUCCCUCCAUCACAGUGACUGUUCCGGGUGUCCCUGCAUUCAUUCAGGGCUUGUCUGAGUUCAUUCAGUCGGGCCAGCCUGUGUUUCCUUCACCGAAUCAGCAGCCUCCACCCUCACAAGCCACGCCACCUUCUGCCCCUUCAGGACCCGCCCCCACCACCGCCCCUAGUGGAGGAGCGGAGACCCUCAGCCCUGAGCUUUUCACAGGCAUAGUUCAAGGUGUGCUGUCCACCAUGAUGGGCUCUCUGGGGGCUGGUCAAGGCAACACUGAGAGCAUCGCCCAGUUUAUCCAGAGACUGUCCCAGACCAGCAACCUCUUCACCCCUGGGGCUGGAGACGCAGUGGGGUUUUUCGGAGAUCUGCUGUCUCUGGUGUGUCAGAGUUUCUCAAUGGUGGACAUGGUUCUGCUUCUGCAUGGUAAUCCGCAACCUCUGAGCCGCAUCCAGCCCCAGCUCACAGCCUUCUUCACGGAGCAUUAUCUGCAGGGUCGAGAGCCCACUGAUGCCAAUAUCGCUAGUGCUUCUGAGGAUCUGAUCAAUGAACUAGAGGAGUACAUUGCAGAGAGUUUUUCUACAGUAACCGUUAGAGAAGGAGUGGACAUCAUUCAAACCAACAUGUCCUUCCUGAGACAACAGUUCACUCGCAUGGCUACUCAUAUUCUUCGCUGUACAGACAACACAUUUGGCCAGCGUUUGCUGUAUCUGUGCACUCAGGGUCUUUUUGAGUGUCUGGCCCUCAAUCUCUACUGCUUAAGAGGAGAACAAAGAGCUUUGACCACUGUCAUAAACCACCGAAUUAGGAGGAUGUCAGCAGAAGUGAACCCCAGUCUGGUGAACUGGUUGACCAGUAUGAUGUCCAUGAGGCUGCAUGUAAUUUUAGAGCACAAUCCGGUCACUGAGGACCAGAUCCAGCAUUACGUCAUCUAUACGCAGAGCGAAUCUGCUCGGAGAACAGAGGCAGGUUCACAGUCAAGCCAGCAGUCACAAAAUAUGAAUGUGGAGGAGGGCCUGUCUCCUGCUCCUGCCACCACAGCAGAGGAAGCGCUGAGAUCCACAGGAGACACUGAUGGAGAUGAAGCACCCGGCAGACCAUCGGCAGAAGAGACACGAGGAGCCGUAGCCAUGGCAACCACAGAAAGGGAGGAGUCAACUGGAGAGGCAGAGCCAUGGGCGGCAACCGUUCCACCUGAGUGGGUUCCCAUCAUCAGACGUGACAUGUUGACCCAGAGGAAGAUGAAAGCACAGCCUCCUCUGUCUGAUGCGUAUAUGCAUGGGAUGCCGGCUAAGAGGAGAAAGACGGCACAGGGGGAAGGACCUCACCUCUCUCUUACUGAAGCCGUGAGUCGAGCUGCCCGGACAGCGGGAGUGCGACCGGUUACUGCCCCAGACAGCCUACAGGGAGAGCUGGAGACCCCAGAGCUGCAGGAAGCAUAUGCGCAACAGGUGAAGAGUGACAUAAAGAAGCGUCUGAGUGACGAUCCAGACUACAACCACCAGCGCUUUCCCAACACACACAGAGUGUUUUCUGAAGACGCCUGAACAGACACAGCUUUUACACGCUCGUGAUCAAUCAGCUCUAAAAGUGAACGGCCUAUAGCGCCUCAUGCGUUGAGGGAAAAACCCUGUUUUAAAAACAUCUGGCGUAUAAUUCAGAUUUCUGCCAUACUACAGUGUGUGGAUGGUGACUAAACAUAGAGCCUGG